UUAACCAGCUACGCUGUAGGAGAACGAGUUUUAAGUAGUAGGAAGCCUUCGUGCGGCCCGUUGACUCAUUCUUUCGUAUCUCCCGUUAAUUAUACCUUAAUUUCUUGCGUGUUGUAAUCGAUGGAUUUCGUAAAUUGUUCGGCAAAACGCUCUUCGAAAGGUUGCUGCGGUCGCGGGGUUGCGACAGACAGCGAGCUCGGAAGCUGCGAUCAUAUUUACGCAAAUUUGGUCGAGGGCAAGAGCAAAGGUAUAAAUACUGAAGAUUUCGUUCACGUCGAACCAAUGACGAUGGCAUAUACGAACAAACGCAACGAGGAUUCCAGAAAAAGGCGCGCUCCUUGGUCGAAUACGAACGUCUUUGCACACCAGCUUUCCCCCGUCUUCAUUCGCAGAAAAAUGGCCAGCGAAAUCGAGGAAGACGACUCGAGGGAGCCGAUGGAGUUUUCAGAUAGAUUGCCGCACGAUGCGGACUUCCAAUGUCCCAGAUGUGGGCAGAGAAUGGUGGAGCCUAGACUCCUUCCUUGCUUGCAUCCUAUAUGUUUAUCUUGCGUUUACGAAUUGAUGAGCAAACCUCCGAAUGUUUCUUCAAAGAACGAAAUACGAGACGGACGAAUGUACGCGCAAUCCGACAUUUAUUACGAAACAUGUCCGUUAUGCGACUCGCACUUGCCGAAUGCUAAUUCCGCCGUACCGCCGCCGCAUUAUCCCUUGCAGCAUCGUUUAGUUAUGGACACCGUGCGACGUAAACUGGUCAAUAGAGUACUUUGCGACGCCUGCACAGGCGAAGUUCUGGCGUUCAUACAAUGUUCGACGUGUUUACGCAAUUUUUGCUCGGAGUGCGGCAGGCAACACGAGCAGCAAAACCUUGCGGAAGCGAGAAUAAUUAAACAUUUAAUGAGACCACUGUGGGAGGCUACUAAAGUACGACGGACAAUUUUAUGCCAAACACAUCCGACGCACGCUUUAAGAUUUUAUUGCGUCGCGUGUCAGCAGGUAACGUGCAAAGAAUGCAUGUGGAGUAUGCAGCACAGAGGUCAUGCUAGCGAAGACGCUGUUGGAGUGGGAAGAAGAGCUGGUACAUACUUAGCAAAGAUGUUACAAAAAGCGAAAAUGUACCUAAAUAAUCUAUUGAUUCAAUACAACCAGGACGUAUUUUCAACUAACGAUCUUGAAGAAGCACACCAUAUAGCCAAGAUUUGCAGGUAUGUCCAACUGUAAUUUUAUAUAAUAUAAAAUUGGAAAUUAUAUAAACUACAUUGUGCAAAUGCGAGUUCAUAUACAGAACUCACUACAAUGUUUAAAAACUUUAAAUUUUUUUAAUUUUAAUUGUAUGAUAAAAAUGCAACACUUUGAUGUGUAUAAGACUGUGCAAAAGCUAAUUUUUGUUAAUAUUAAUACACUGUAACAAUUGUCAUGUGAUUAAUAUGAUAAUAAUGAGCGAAAAGGGUAUAUAUUGUCAUUUGAGGUAUAAAGCAUACAUUCCAAAGCUUCGACUGACAACACAGACUGAUUAGAAUUAUGAAAAUUAUUAUGCGAUUUCAACAUAUUUGGUUAAUCAAAUAUUAAGUAAGAAACAAAUUAUAUUGCGACUGAUGUGUGACUUAAAAUGUGUUACAUUUAAGUUUAGUUAAAUAUAUUGCGAACAUUUGUAAACAAUGUAAACUAUUAUUUGUAUUAAU